AUGGAACGACGCCAGGUCAGCAACCACUCCGUCAACAAGGAAAGUGGACGAAGGUACUUCUACCUUGCUUCAUGGUAUAGGUUCAGGCGACGGCUCCACACAGUUCUCGCUGUGGCUUCGCCGUCUGGAAGACGCGAUGCGGCUGCAGGUGCGACGCUCCAGCAAAAGGCGGAUUUCCUUAUCUGCUGUUUGGAUGAGGCAGCGCAUGAGAAGAUAGAAGAGUUGAGUCAGCAGGAACGCUGCGACUUCAACACAAUUGUGGCGCAUCUAAAGCAGGUAUUUGAAGGCCGGCAACAUCGCUACAUGGCGAGGCAGGCGCUGUCUGCUCGCCAACAGCAGACGGGGGAGUCAUCAGCGACGUUCGCUAAUCGUCUGCUGAACCUGGUCGGAGCCGCUACGACCGGCCAAGACCCAAGUAGUCAGAAGGAACGGCAAGCGGUAGCGAAGGCCCAGAUGGUUGAGCAACUGUCAGCCGAGGCCACAGCUGACCGCUUGAUCAACCCAGUUGGCGUGGCACGCACCAUAGAGGUGCGUGCCGGGCGGCAGCUGAACCGGCGCGGACGAACUAUGGAGAACCAGCCAGCACCAGCAAGGAAUCAGGAUGUUUUCCGCCAGCAUGGUAUUCCCGACCGUCGACUUAUUCCUAGUCGCUCGAACUGUUUCAACUGUGGAGGAGUUAGUCAUCACGUUCGACAGUGCCCGUCGCUGACAGUCCAGUUGUCAGCUCAAGGCAUGACAUGUGUACCUGUUCAGCUUAUCGGUCGCGCUGAUCUCCGAUUUGAGGUUGGUUCACUCAUCCUGUAUCAGCCUGUCUAUUUUACGGAAUCUGCGUGCGUUCCUAGUGAGGCAGAAGCCUACAGUGUUAUUUUGGGCAACGAUUUUGUUAGUCGCUUGCCACCAUGGAGUAUAAACUAUAGAAACCGUACAUUUUAUAUGGCCGAUCAAGUCAGCAUCUUAUGCAACGCUCCGGCACCAGACUCCGCCAACUUUAUAAACGGCGCUGAAGAAAUUCCCGUGCGCGUCGCCGAGACUACAGUCUUGACGCAUAGCCCGGAAACUUUUGUCCUCUGCUACCCCAAAGUUGCUGACCAUUCCCCGCUUGUGCUCGCCGCUCAGUCCAGUCACCUGAGUGAUCGCCCACUAAUGGUCACUCCGGGGCGGAGCUAUCUAGCACGAGAGGCAGAGCAGUCUCGCGGCUGGGCUCAUAAGAGCUCAUACCUGGAGCACACGAGGAGAACCCUGGCCACCGGAUACCUGCAGACCGAGGACCGACCAACGACGCUUGGGACGACGACACCAAGGACCGCAUCGCUGGCAUGA